CCAAUUUAAAACUUUUACAACAAAAAUACUCCACAGCUUAAGCCGUAUCCGAGGGAGGUGCUGUUUUCUUGCUUCGUCUUUCAGGGACCUUAUUAAUUUUUUUACAUAUAAACAAAUUGGUAUAACUGCGCUUUUACUUUUUUCUUAAAAAACUUUAAGCUUUUUAUCUUGUGCAGUACUCUGUUAUUACUACUUGUAUUGAUUUGUUGUGUGUUUAUGUAAUUAUGUUGCAGACUUGCAGGCUUGCAGCAUUGGCUUUGUCCUUGCAACGUUAUACUCAACUUUUGAAAGAAAGGUGAGUUCUUUCACUUUGUAUCAAUUGUUGUGGGAUACCUUGCGUUUUCAUUUGUUUUCCAUUCUUUGUGCUUUUUUAGAGAUCAAUUUUUUCAUUUUCUUUUUUCUCAGAAGUAGAGAACAAAAAGAAAGGUCAAUGGCAAUCAGAAUAGAGACGGCAGUUCAUUUGCCUGAAAGCUUGAUCAUAGAGGUUCUCUCAUGGCUGCCAGUAAAAGAACUGCUACAAUGCAAGAGUGUGAAUAAAACAUGGCAUGCUAUAAUAUCAAGUCCUUAUUUCAUAUCGAAACAUCUGAAAAACUAUUAUCAUAGAGGCAACAAUCAGGUUUGGAAUGGGUGUCUUCUAAUCCAGCGUUAUGUUGCUCAAGCUGAACUCCAGGUGUUUGAGUUGUCUCUGGAUCGAACUCCCCGAGUUUUAGCUGAUGAAGUGUUGUAUGGUGUUAGUGCAAUUAUUUGGCAACAUAUUUUGCAUUAAAGAGAGUUGAUCACAAAAGUUAAUGAGGCUUAAUGAUGGUUGUUGUAACGGAUUUGUGUUUAUUAUUGGAGUUAGCAACGAUAUUAAGGCAAGAGGUUACUUAUUUUGAGCUGGCUAGCAUUAAUGACGAGUUGUGAAACCGUCGGGUCCGAACCGUCAAGUCGAACCGUCAGUAACGGACAACUGGAGCUGGUGGAGCAUUCACAGGGCCCAAUGACAAUUAUUGUAACGUAUUUAUGUAUUAUUAGCCUCCUUAAUAUGAUAUUAAUUGUAAUUGACCGGCCUUUAUGACAGAUUUGAAUUCGUUAUAAAACGCGGCAAACCUAUCAGUAACGUAAAAAAUCAUCAUUAGGGCUUUAAUUACAUUUCCUAUAAAUAACAUAGCCUCAUUGUAAUCAGGGCAGCUGAAACAUUCGAAUAAUACACAAGUUUUCAUUCUUGUUCACUCUCUUGUCAUCUUCUUCUUUAUUCUUGUUCGAAGCCAAUUCUUCAUAUAAAUUUAUUUUUAAUUAGUUUUAGCCUAUCAAUAUUUUGCUUAAACAUAUGGCAUGCCUCAUUAUGGCUCAUUUAUCUACGGUCCUUGUGAUGGAAUAUAUUAUUUGUACCACAAUUACUUUGGUUGUCGGGCUUUGUGGAAUCCAGCUAUCAAUGAACUGAAGGUCUUGCCAGAAAUAGUUUCCAAGUAUUCCAUAGUUAGAGGCUAUCAGUAUGAAGUUUAUGGUUUUGGGCUGGAUCCUGCUACAAACGACGAUUAUAAGGUGGUUGUUAUCAAAGAGCGUUGUCUGGCUACCAAUGAUGAUGAUGAAAGUGAUUCCACGAGGCAACCCCAAUAUGUCCUGGUCUACUCCUUAAGGACAGAUUCUUGGAAAUACUGUGGAGAUCUUACUAAAUAUUACUGUUUGGAAAUGAAUAGAUGCUACAUUUAUGUGAAUGGAUGUUGCUAUUUGUACGGAGCGAACCAAUGUUAUUCAAAUGAAGUGAUCAUAUCUUUUGACAUGGCUAACGAUGCACAACCCAGUUCAAAUUGUCUAGGUGUGUGUGAUGAUUCUCCUGCCUUUUUGUGUCUUCAUGAGAAUGAGAAGUUUUGUGAUGUUUGGACAUGGGAUGAGGGGUUCUGUUGGACCAAAAAGUUAAGUGUGGGACCCUUCUUUGAUUGUUAUCAACCUCUUGGCAUAUGGAAGGGCAACAGGCUAAUACUCAAAAAAUCGGGUAAGGUAGUUGUAUUUGAUCUCGAGUCAGAAGAAGCAAGUGAGCGUGAGUUCCCAUGCCCUAUGUUUUGUGAAGGUUUUUUCGAGU